AUGAAGCCGUUUAUCUUGUCAUCGUCUCUGUAUCUGGCCGUUUUCAUUUGCCUUUCCUUCCUUCCUUCCUUCCUUCCUUCCUUCCUUCCUUCCUUCCUUCCUUCCUUCCUUCAUUUCUUUCUUUCUUCCUUCGUUCCUUUGUUCCUUUCUUUCUUUCUUUCUUCCUUUCUUCCUUCCUUCCUUUCUUUCUUUCUUUCUUUCUUUCUUUCUUUCUUUCUUUCUUGUUCUUUUUCACCGUUUCUUUCUUUCUUUCUUUCUUUCUUUCUUUCUUUCUUUCUUUCUUUCUUUCUUUCUUUUUCUUCUUCUUCUUCUUUCCUUUCGGUCAACAAUCUAUCUAUCUAUCUAUCUAUCUAUCUAUCUGAAAGGAGGAUAUAUAUCACGUGGGGCCAGUCUGUCUAUCUAUCUAUCUAUCUAUCUAUCUAUCUAUCUAUCUAUCUAUCUAUCUAUCUAUCUAAUUCAGUAUCAAGAAACAAUGUUAUAAGGCCAGUAUCUAUCUAUCUAUCUAUCUAUCUAUAG